AUGGAAUGCACAGGACAAAAUUCCCCUCAGGGGAACCACACUACACUGAUGGAAUUCAUCCUGAUUGGGUUUUCUGAUGUUCCCAACCUUCAAGGAUUUCUGUUUGGCAUAUUUCUCUUAAUCUAUCUCUUUAUCCUUAUGGGAAAUAACCUUAUUAUCAUGGUAAUUAAGGUUGAUCCUUCACUGCAGACUCCCAUGUAUUUCUUCCUUACAAAUUUUUCAUUGUUGGAAAUUUUUUAUGUGUCAGUUACAGUCCCCAGAUUAUUACUAGAUCUCUGUAGACAAUAUGGAAAUAUUUCACUGCUGGCCUGUGCUAUUCAAAUGUUUUUAUUUUUGAUCUUGGCAGACACUGAGUGCUUCAUCCUCACUGCCAUGGCUUAUGACAGGUAUGUUGCCAUUUGCAACCCCUUACUCUACCCUGUCAUCAUGAACGAUAGGCUGUGUAUUCAGCUGGCAGCUGUCUGCUGGACCACAGCUAUUCCAAUACAUACAAUGUUCAUCUCUGUGCUCUUCUCUUCAACGUUCUGUGGAUGUAACCAGCUGAAUCACUUUUUCUGUGAUGCACCUCCGGUUGUCCAGCUUGUUUGUGGGGAUGUUUUCAGGAUUAAAAUGUUGUUGUAUAUGAUUUCUACGUUAGUUGUUAGCAUCCCUUCUUUUCUAAUAGUUGCAUCUUAUGUGAAAAUAAUCUCCACCAUCCUGAAGCUGCCAUCAGCCACUGGGAGAGCCAAGGCCUUCUCCACUUGUUGUUCCCACCUCACGGUUGUGACUUUAUUCUUUGGCUCAGGCAUCGUUGUGUAUUUCAAAUCCAUGACCAGUCACUUCACAGGAGUGGACAAAUUCCUGUCUCUUUUUUAUACUAUCUUUAUACCAAUGUUAAACCCAAUUAUAUAUUGUCUGAGAAACAAAGAUGUUAUGGUGGCCUUGGAGAAAUUCCUGCAGAAAUGGAUUUUCCUGUGA